AUGCAAUCGUUUCGACCUCUACAGAUGAUGCCCUGGCUUCGAACAGCGCAAUGUGCCCGCAUAAAAUCGCCACCAUGGACUAUAGCAUCACGCAAAUUCGCUUCGAGACCACCACCACCACCCCCGCCGCCACCAACACAGCCCAUCAACGAGGAACUCCUCGCCCAGCUCAGAGGCCCGAACGCAGCAAAGGUUCUGGACCGGGAGUUUAGGCGAGUCAGGGCUGAACGCACACCUUGGUGGCAACUCUUCAUCCAUGCAUCGAUGAUCGUAGUAGCUUGCAACCUCUAUCUGGAAAACUGGAAAUUAAAAAGUGACCCCCCAAGGUCCAGUCUCUCGACCCUGCCCCUCUCCACCGACUCGACUUCAGCCCUCAAAUUCAACACCACCAAACCCAACAUCGACCAAGCCCUUCAGGAAUUCCGCAAUUUCCUAACCGACACCCAAAUCGACACCAACCCCACCACCUGCCUCAACCACUCCUCCACCGAAUGGUCCGCCUCCCCGCACGGCGACGCCGACCGCUACGACCUGAUCCUCUACCCUUCCAACACAUCCCAAGUCAGCGCCAUCGCGAAGAUCUGCCACGCCCGCAAGAUCCCCAUGACGGCCUUCUCCGGCGGCACCUCCCUGGAAGGCACCCUCGCCGCGACCAACGGCGGCGUAUGCAUCGACUUCAGCCGAAAUAUGUCCUCCAUCCUCGCCGUCCGCCCCUCUGACCUAGACUGUACCGUCCAGCCGGGCGUAAGCUACACGGACCUCAACGAACUUAUCGCUUCCCAAAACCUCUAUUUCCCCGUCGACCCGGGCCCCGGCGCACAGAUCGGUGGAAUGGUCGCGCAGGGCUGCUCCGGCACCAACGCCUACCGCUACGGCACAAUGAAGGAGUGGGUGCUGGGCCUCACCGUCGUCCUCGCCGAUGGCACUAUCGUGCGCACGCGCCACCGGCCCAGAAAGUCGAGCGCGGGGUAUGACCUCACACGGCUUAUCGUCGGUUCCGAGGGAACACUAGGCCUGGUGACAGAAGCGCACCUCAAAUUAACAUCGAAACCCGAGAAUGAACGCGUCGCAGUGGCUGCGUUUCCAAGCACGCAGGCUGCUGUUGCCACAGCCGUGAAAGUCGUGCAGAGCGAUAUGCCCGUUGCCGCGAUGGAACUCCUCUGCGAUGUUGCUAUGAAGGCUGUGAAUAAUGGGGGGUACUGCGACAAGCACUUUGCGGAGAAACCGACGCUUUUCUUUAAGUUCCAUGGGAAGGAUAAAGCGGCGGUGGGAAGACAGAUCGAGGUCGUGAGGCAGCUCGCAAGGGAAGCGCGUUGUGAAACGUUCGAAUUCUCGAAGACAGAUGAGGAGAGGGAAGCGAUUUGGGCGGCGCGGAAAACGGUGUUGUGGAGCAUGAUGAGCUUGAAGAAGGAUCCGGGGGAUAGGUUUUUGAGUGCGGAUACGGCGGUGCCGAUUAGUAUGAUGGGGGAGGCGGUUGAUGCUGCGAAGCGAAAUAUUGCUGAGUCGGGGCUUAUUGGGAACUGUCUUGGGCAUGUGGGAGAUGGGAAUUUUCAUACGAGUGUGUUCUAUGGGGAGCAGGAGAAGGAGAAGGCAAGGGAGGUGAUCACUUGGGUGCAGCGGUUGGCGAUUGGGAUGGAGGGGACGAUCACGGGGGAGCAUGGGGUUGGGCUGGAGUAUAGGGACAUGGUGGUUGAGGAGUUGGGUGUGGAGGGGGUGGAUUUGAUGAGGAAGGUCAAGUUGGCGGUUGAUCCAUUAGGGCUGUUGAAUCCGGGGAAGAUGAUUAGAAUGAACAUUAGUGGAGGAGAUGAUGAUGUGCCGGUGGCGCAGAGUAAAGCGCAAUAA